AUGCUGCCUUCUCCGCUGUCGGUCGCCGUGCGGACACGCUGCCCUGCUCGCCCGCCCCGCCCCGUCCCGGAGGUCAGGUCCCCUCGCCGGUCGGUCGUCGGAGAUGCUGCGGGAACCGGGCCAGCCCGCCCGCGGGGCGAGAGGAGGGGACGAGGACCUGCGAAGGGAGAAAGCGGUGAGAACGCUGAGAACAGACGGGAUGCGGAGCGGGGCGCGGCGCCGGUGGGAGGCGGCCGAGUGACAUCUCAGGUGCCUAAAAAACUCUUCAUCACGAAAACUAUUGUCACUCCGCUUAAUUGUCAUGUUGCAGCAGGCUUGGAACAGAGGAGUAGCAGGAGAGCUGAAAUAGAAAAGAAGCAGAAACGUCCUCAACUCCCAGUGCACCAGGAGGUUGGAUAUAUCAUUGCAGAAAGGGGUGACAUGAAGAUCUGUGAAAACACCAAUUGCAUCUGGAAAGGAUGCAGAGGGGGGACCCAAAAUGAGUUUAGAGCCGUUACCAUCAUGAAGCCUUCUAUACCAUUGGAGCCAGAAGUGAGGCUUCACAUUACUGGCUUGCGCAAUGAUUACUAUCUAAACAUACUGGACUGGAGCCUUGAAAAUCUCAUUGCUGUUGCUGUGGGAUCUGCUGCACACAUCUGGAAUGGAGGAACUCUUCAAGCCAUUGAAAACAUUGAUUUGAAUUCCUGUUCAAAAUACAUUUCAUCUCUGGCUUGGAUAAAAGAAGGAUCUUGCCUUGCAGUUGGCACCAGUGAUGGAGAAGUACAACUGUGGGACACUGAAACCAAAAAGAGGUUGAGAAAUAUGUUUGGUCACUUGUCUGUAGUUGGAGCACUGAGCUGGAAUCAUUACAUACUGAGCAGUGGUUCACGGCUAGGAUUUAUUCAUCACCAUGAUGUUCGGGUUGCUCAGCACCAUGUUGGGACUCUUUGCCAAAACAAGCAGAGCAUUUGCAGCCUUAAAUGGUCGCUAACCAACCAGUUGCUGGCAAGUGGGUCUAGUGAUGGUAUAUUGAAUAUCUGGCCCAGUGACCCAGGUGUGAAAUUGCAGUCACAGCCACUGAAAACCCUACCUCAUUCCUCAGCAGUUAAGGCUGUGAACUGGUGUCCUUGGCAGUCUAAAGUCAUUGCUACAGGGGGUGGAAUGAAAGAUGGGAUUUUGCGUGUCUGGGACAUAAAUCAUGACAAUAUUGUCCAAAGUGCAGCUACAGAUUCUCAGAUUUGUUCCUUGCUCUGGUUACCCAAAACCAACGAACUGAUGACUGGACAAGGCCUUCCUGGAAAUCAGAUGAAAAUAUGGAAGUAUCCCAUGCUUAUCAAUUCAUCAGAACUCUACGGUCACAAAGGGAGAGUCCUGCAUAUAGCCCUGAGCCCAGAUCAGAGCAGGCUAUUCUCUGUUGCAGCUGAUGGGAUGGCUUGUCUGUGGAAAUGCCAUGAAUCUGGGGAGAGCAAGCACAGCAACAAGGGCUUUUCUAAUGGUUAUCUGAGCUCAUUCUUGUGA